AGAAAGGAAAAGAGGGAGAGGGAGCGAAAUGUCAUGCAAUGCAGGAGCUGACACACACUGACUGAACCGACUGGCGGAUAAUACACGUUUUACUACUGGCUCGGAUAAGAGGGGCCAGCUAUUCUAUUGAAUCUACUGGCUGUAUGGUGUGAUCUGGCCCCGGGGGAACGGGCAGCAUUUUACACGGAGUGAGCGACCCAGCCAGCUGCUGCAGGAACCGCCGUAUAUAACACAGCCAGCCAUGUCCUGGGGCUCUCAGCGCUGACUUGGCCGCUGAUCAGCUGGCUGUCUCCUUUCAUUUCCCUGUCGCCGGGUAAGGGACAAGACGCAACGUUUUCUGCCAGUCCUGUCCCUGCUGCUCGCUGGGUAUAGGUUCCUGGCUGGGUUGGCGCUGUAUUCUGCCUUCUCUCCGGGCUCCAGCUGUCGUGUGAUUGGAAUUACAGCUCUGGGCUGGAGGGGGCAUUGCUGCAUUGGGCACCUUGGCUGAGACAGGAGGGGGCUGACUGCGAGCACCGGGUUCAUUGCUGCCAGGGUCCCCAUUUUCCCAGCACCCACUGACCCCCUCUCCACCUCUGCCAAGGAGGGCGCUGAGCUGCAUGCUCCCUGUGCGGGCACUGUAUUCGGCACUGUACUCCUGCUCGCUGUGAGUGGGGCUGGCUGGGCAUUCAGGGUUCCUACCGGGUGAUGGUUACAUGCUGCUGCUGAUACCCCCCGGGGCUCCGGACAGGAGGUAGCACCAUGUCCAUAGACCAGGAUCUGGAGUCCAGCUGGAGGAGGCAGCCCGAGGCCGAGGAGAAUGGCUCUGUCCUGCCGGCCUCCAGCUCGGCUCUCCCCCCUUCCGAGGAACUGUCCGCCGCCCCCCCGUCCCCAGCCCACCCGGGCUCCCGCUACAGCCCGCUGCUGCUAGACUAUGACGGUUCGGUGCUGCCCUUCCUCGGCGGCCUCGGCCGCUUCCACAAGCGCCUGGUGCUGCUCACCUGGAUCCCCGCGCUCUUCCUCAGCUUCAGUCAAUUCUCGGACUCCUUCCUGCUGGACCAGCCCGACAAGUGGUGCAAAAGCAACGGCAGCCUGGCCGGGCACGGGAGGCACCUACCUGCGGACAAUGACAGCUCGGCCCACCUCGGGAUCCUGCUUCAACAGCCGGCCCCCAUGCUGCCAACCACCCCGGCUCCCAGCCCGGGUACCGUGCACCCCCACAACGACUCCUGCAAGUGCCACGAGUGGGACUACCACAUCCAAGCUGGACUGGCCCAAAACGUAGUGAGCAAGUGGGAUCUUGUAUGCGAAUCGUCCUGGAAAGUUCACAUUGCCAAGUUUUCCCUGGUCGUCGGAUUGAUAUUUGGAUACUUGAUAACCGGAUGUAUUGCAGAUUGGGUUGGUCGACGUCUUGUUUUGAUGAUUUCUCUCAUAUUCAACCUGGUUUUUGGACUAUCUGUGGCCCUCUCUGUGAACGUUACAAUGUUCAGCACGCUGAGGUUCUUUGAAGGUUUCUGUUUGGCUGGAAUAUUCCUGUGCUUGUAUGUACUGAGAAUAGAACUGUGCCCUCCCUCCCAUAGAUUCAUGAUCACAAUGGCAGCCAGUUUUAUUGGGAUGGCUGGUCAGUUCCUUCUGCCUGGCAUCGCUGCACUUUGCAGAGACUGGCAAAUUCUUCAAGCAGUUAUCAUCUGCCCAUUCAUCUUGAUGCUGUCAUAUUGGUAUAUUUUCCCAGAAUCACUGAGAUGGCUCAUGGCAACACUGCAGUUUGAAACAUCUAAGAAGCAAAUUAUUCAAAUUAUUCAUAAGAACAGAGUAAAUCCAGAAACUGAUAUUAAAGGUGUAAUGCCUGAGUUGGAGAAGGAGUUGAACAGAAGGCCAAAGAGAGUGUGUAUUGUAAAGGUUGUCGGGACCAGGAACCUAUGGAAGAAUAUUGUUGUGCUCUGUGUAAACUCCUUGACUGGUUUCGGAAUACACCACUGUUUUGCAAAAAGCCUAAUGGAUCCAGAAGUCAACAUGACCAUCAUGCACAAUUUCUAUGUAAACUAUUUUGCCAUGGCAGGGAUUGCUCUGGCAUCAUGCCUAGCAAUGUGCCCGGUGGUUGGAUUUAUGGGUCGAAGAGGAGGAUUACUGCUAUUCAUGAUCUUGACUGCUCUGGCAUCUCUGCUGCAGCUGGGACUUCUCAACUUGAUUGGGAAAUACACCUUGCGCCCGGAAACUGGUAUGAGUGAAACUGUGAAAAACAGAUUUUCCAUUGUUUUCUCCAUCAUUGGGAUGUUUUCGUCUCACGCAGUGGGAAGUCUAAGUGUGUUUUUCUGCGCUGAAAUCACACCCACAGUUAUCAGGGGUGGUGGUCUGGGCCUCGUCCUGGCCAGUGCUGGCUUUGGAAUGCUGACAGCCCCCAUCAUGGAACUCCACAAUCAAAAGGGAUACUUUUUGCACCAUGUUAUUUUUGCCUGUUGCACCCUAAUCUGCAUCAUCUGCAUUCUCCUCCUGCCAGAAAGCAAGAACCAAAAUCUGCCUGAAAAUAUCCCUGAUGGAGAGCACUAUACCCGGCAGCCUCUCUUACCACACAAGAAAGGCGAGCAGCCUCUCUUAUUAACUAACUCAGAACUCAAGGACUAUUCUGGCCUCCAUGACUCAAUGGCCUUGGGAGACAGCAUAUCGGAAAAUACCACAGUCAACGGUAUUAAAUCAACAUAACUGAGCAUUACUCACGGAAGAACAUCUCUUGUAUUUAUUAUUUGUUUCCCUUUUGCACAGGUCUUACAGACCAACAGGAUUGUCUGGCACUGGUUUAGCCUCCCAUACAGCUGCUGAGCCUCUUUUGACCCAUGGGAAAUGGAGUAAACGUGGAACAUGAGUUUUCCUUUAGUAAAUCCUGCCAUUAUUAAAUGUACUGGGUUUUUUUUUGUCCUCUUUUUGUCCUUGUUUGUCUUUUUACUUAACUGUAGCAAUGUGCCUGUGAUUCCCCUUCAGCUCGCAACCAAUCAGGCGCCGGACAAAAACUCUCAAUAGUUUCAUGGACUCUCCAACAAGUUAAACAAACAGGAUAAUUGUUCCGUUGUUCUCCAGCCGUGGUGACUAAAUCACCUCGGUUGGAAAUCUAGGUAAACAGAAGACACACAACUUUGGUAAUUGGUGUAUCUGAUCUAGACGCACAGAUAUCCUCCGUACUGCAUAAUACAGUUACCUGAUUGCUCAAAAUAAUCCUGAAUCUGCCAGAUGACCUUUCACAGAUUGUGCAUUAUGAAAUUCCCGCAUCAAAACAUUUAACAAAGUAGGGGGAAUUAAGUUUAGCUAUUGAUAGAAUAUUUGGUGUGUUCGUUUUGAAAUAUUUUUGUCAACAGGCCCAGGCUUGUCACUGUUCCACUGAGAGGUUCAUUUUGGCCCAUGGGCGAGGCAUCUUUAUUGCACAGCAAGUGUGAAGAGACAUUUAUCAAAUUGUACCCAAGUGAACAUGAAAUUGAAGACUGUCGCAGAAUAUUUCAGAAUAGGAGCUAAUGGACUCCAAGUACAUAUAAGUUUAAGUUUAUAUUUUAUUUCUAGGAUACUUGAGCAAUACAAACCCAUUGGGAAA